UGGUUCAUUCCGUUCUUCAGUGCUGAUAGUCGUCUCGCUGGGCUUUGAAACACUGUCCGUGUUUACUUCCGGAUUCCUGAAAUCAAGCAGCAGCGGGACUGUCCUGAAGCAUUAGACACUGAGUGAGUGUACUUCAUGCCUGCCUUACAGACAUCAAGACACGAGCACCGGAGCACCGGAGCACCGGCAUCCCACAACACGAGCAGCACUGUUCUGACAACUGAACCCCACCAGCGGCAGCCCUCAAAGCACCAGUUCAAACCGAGGCUCUUUAGAAAUCAGUCAAAGUCAAUGAGGAGCAGCUCCGUGUCCAAAACUGUUAUAGGCUCCACUCCAGAAAGACCAAAUCCAGCCCUGGAUAUCAUUUUAAACAGCCGGUGAAAGUCAAAACAGCUGGCGUGGUGGAUCAGCUGCUAGCAGCAUGGACUGGUUGAUGGGGAAAUCCAAAACAAAGCCCAAUGGAAAGAAAGCACCCGCUGAAGAGAAGAAGCAUUACAUGGAGCCAGAGUACACAAAAGUGCGGGUCGUGGACUUCGACCUGAAAGAUUUGGUGUCGCUUCCCACCAAAGAGAUCGACCUCAACGAAUGGCUCGCCAACAACACAACAACCUUCUUCAAUCUCAUAAAUCUGCAGUAUAGCACAAUCUCAGAGUUUUGCACUGGGGACACAUGUCAAGCCAUGACGGCCUGCAAUACGAUAUACUACUGGUAUGACGAGAGGGGGAAGAAGAUGAAGUGCACAGCGCCUCAGUAUGUCGACCUCGUCAUGACUUUUGUGCAGAAAUUAGUGACGGACGAAGAAAUCUUUCCCACAAAAUACGGCAAAGACUUUCCCAACUCGUUCGAGUCUCUGGUGAAGAAGGUCUGCCGGUAUCUGUUUCACGUGUUGGCUCACAUCUACUGGGCUCACUUUAAAGAGACGGUGGCUCUGGAGCUGCAGGGACACUUGAACACACUGUAUGCACAUUUCAUCGUCUUCGUCAGGGAAUUCAACCUGGUCGAGCCCAAGGAGACCUGCAUCAUGGACGACCUGUCAGAGGUGCUGUGCGCCCCCCUGCCGCAUUACAUAGCCUACUUAAAGGUGCAUUCAGUAGUUUGGUGA